GGAAGCCAACGUCUCGGAGUAAGAACUGACCCCGCCGCCGUCCUAUUCGCUAUAGGUUAUGAGCUGCGUUACCGCAUAAACGAACCGUUUCAACGUUUUUAUCGUUAUUUCGCUACGCUCAUAGUGUAAGACUGACCGCCAUCAGCUACCGAACUUAUGUCAAUUCCUCGUACUCCACCAAAGAAGUUGCAAUCCACAUCAGGACCUCAGACUCGUGCCCAAUCGAAAUCGCAUUCCCGAUCACAAUCCAGAUCGAGAUCCGAAUCGGCAGAACCAGCGGAUCCGUCCACAUCGACUAGGGAGAACACCCCAGCCGGUGGAACGGAACGUAACCCCCCCAACAACAUCUUCGUACAAUCACCUCCAUCACAUCUCCUUUUAAAUCAACCUCCUGCCGAUAAACACUUUACCAAAAACGUUACUAAAAGAUCUAGACAACGCACGCAGACUGAAGAACUUUCAGACCACGACGCCGAACAAACUGUCAUCAUGUCUCAAUUAGACCCUACUGCUGAAAAACUGAAAGAACUCGGAACGAAGCACGACAACGUUCAUAAAUUCAUCGAAGACGUAGAUCACCUCAAACUGGAUGGAUCGAACAUCUCUCGAUGGAAACUACGUACAUCCAGAGCUGUCUUCGAUAUGACUGGUAUCCAAGACUACUGGAACUCGAAGCGACCAGACGAGAACUCGCCGGUGCAGAUGCAGAUCGAUCGCUGUGCUGGUUGAGUCAUCCACUGUACCAUCGAUCAGAACCUCAGGGAUAUGAUCAACGAUAAGUUCAAAGCUCACGAUGCCAUGUUCGCCCUCGAUGAACUAUUCAGACAAGGCCGACGAACGGCCCAAUACGUAACCUUCAGAUCAAUCAUGCUAAGAAAAUUCAAUCCAGUCACCCACCUGUGGCACCGAGAAAGCCCGGCGUGUACCCGAAGAUAACGUAGUGCAUUAUCAACGGCCUAUAGCCGAAAAACCGCCUGCAGAUGAAGACAGAUCGAGCAGAGUCAUCUGAAGAAAUUUUUCGAAAUGCAAAGUCAUUUCUCACCAAGUUUACUUAUGAUC